AUGAAGGAUAAUUAUAAGGCUAUUGCUAAUCAUAGAGAUCAUGUUUUCUGGCAUCCUCUAGUUUUGUUUAAACUCCACAUUCCAAGGAAUUCUUUCAUUUCUUGGGUUGCUCUCCAUGGAAUAUUGAAGACUAGAGACAAGUUGGUGAGAUGGGGAGUUAUCAAUAUCAACAAAUGUGUUCUUUGUGAAGAUGGCAUUGAAUCUGAAGCACAUAUUUUCCAUGAUUUCCCUUUCUUUGCUCUUAUUUGGAAUGGCUUACUUUUAAAGCUAGGUUUCUGCAGAGGUAAUACUCCUACUUGGGAAGUGGAAAUUCAAUGGUGCAUUACUUUUUUUGCUGGGAAUGAUCUUAUUAGCACCAUAAAGAAACUAGUCUUUAAUGGAUUCAUCUAUCAGAUAUGGAGUGAGAGGAAUAACAGAAUUUUUAAUGCAAAGAAUAAGUCUGCUCAUAAGGUGAGUCUCCUUAUUAUUCAAGACAUUCAACUUAAACUCAGUGCUCAUCCUAGAACCAUUUGUGAUACUAUUGAGAAUAAAACCUUUAUGAUGAAGUGGAAUUUUAACUACACCUUUACUCAAAUUUUUUGGAAACAAUGCUGGUGGAUUGGACCUGAAGAGGAUGAAAUUAUGAUUAGCACAAAUGGUUCUCUCAAAGAAACCAGUGUUGGUUAUGGUGCUCUGCUUAGAAACAAGGAGGGACAGGUAACUGAUUGUGCUUAUGGAGGAAGUUAUCAUAUCUCUGUUGCUUCUCAUGAACUGCAGGGAGUUGAAUUGGGUUUGAAUUUAGCCAUUGAGAACCACAUUCCCAAAAUUCAUAUUAAUUUGGAUUCCAUGGCUAUCUUCCUUUUAUUGAGUAAAGCUGAUCUUCACCCUCCCUGGAGUCUUAUUCAUAUUUGGAGACGAGUUUGUGCUCUGCUGCAGAAUUUUGAAAGAGUGAAAUUUAGUCACUGCUACAGGGAAAUAAACAGAGCAACAGAUUUUCUUGCUAGCAUACACCCUGAACAUGGCAUUGUCAGAUUAUUGCAGAGUCAGUUCAGCUUGGAAUUUCAAAAGAUUCUCUAUGAAGACAGUACUAGGAAAGUGUACUGGAGAUAG